AUGUUAAAGGCUGGUGGAAAUAUAACAGCAAAACGACUGCAGAAGCUGUUGAAUCAUAUAUGGAAACAAAAUAAGAGCCCAAAACAAUUUAAACGUGGUAUUAUUGUAAAGUUGCCAAAGAAAGGUAAUUUACGUGAUCCAAAUAAUUGGAGAGCAUUUGAUUCAGUACAUCAGGAACCAUUAUGGGAAAUUCUAAAGUCUUACGGUAUACCAACAAAAAUCAUAGAAAUCAUCAAAAGCUUAUAUGAAGAUGCUGAGUCGUGUGUGAAAGUAAAUGAAGAAGAGAACACUGCAUGGUUUAAGAUCAAGACGAAAGUUAGACAAAGAUGUAUUCUCUCGCCUUUACUGUUUAUUAUUACGAUUGAUUGGAUACUUCAAAAAGCUCUGAAAGAUCAAAAGUUAGGAAUUAAAUUGAAUUAUAAACAGGAAAUAGAAGAUUUGGAUUUUGCAGACGAUAUCGUACUUAUAGCUGAUAAUACACGGAAAAUGCAAGAAAAAACAGAUCGUAUAGACACUCGUACUAAAUCAAUAGGGCUAAAAAUAAAUGCAAAGAAAACAAAUAUUAUGGUGGUAAAUGAAAACAAGUUUGGAGAUGGUGUAGAGAUUAUGGUUAAUAACAAUAAAUUGGCAAAGGCGCAGGAGUUUAUGUAUUUGGGCAGCAAAAUAUCUCAAAGAGGUGACAUCAUGAUAGAGAUAAACAACAGAAUAGCUAAAGCAGUAUAUGCACUGAAAGUACUAAACAAAGUAUGGCAAAAUAAAGGUAUUCCAUUGAAAACAAAGAUGCAGCUGUACAGAGCAAAUGUAAUAGCAGUGCUCAUAUAUAGUAGUGAAACGUGGCAGCUAACCAAACAACAAGAAGAAAAAAUAAAUUCUUUUAAUUACAUAUGUUUGAGGAAAAUUUUAAAAAUCAACUAGACGCACAAGGUAUCAAAUGCAGAAAUAAGAGAAAGAGUUAAGUUACCAGCCGUUGUGCAAACUAUGAAAAAGCAACGACUACGUUGGUUCGGGCAUCUAAUAAGAAUGGACAGGGAUAGGCUCGCU